GCAGGCCGUAGCCUUUUCAACUUUAGGCCCACUUUUCCUUUUCCAGAACAAAGCAAAUCACAAUAAGGAAAAAUCACCACCGUCAAAUUACCAAUUGUCGUCUUUCACUGGCAUGUGGCAGAAAAAAUGAUGAAAUUUCUCAAUUGAUCCCCUCUUCUCAAUUAAAAAAUAAAAAAUAAAAUAAAGUUUUCCGCGUGGCAGUGUCCGUUUCUUCUAGUUGUUGUCACCGGUCACUCUCUCGUUUCAGUCACUCGCUUACGUUUCUCUGUGUUUCACGUUUUCGCAUUUUGCGUCCAGUCUACGCGCUUCCUCUGUGUUCUCCAAAUGGCGAAUGAAAUCAGAUUCUUCGUGUUGAACACCGGAGCCAAGAUUCCGUCCGUCGGCUUGGGAACUUGGCAGGCUGACCCUUACGUCGUCGGCGCCUCCGUUGACGCUGCCGUCAAGAUUGGAUACCGCCAUAUCGAUUGCGCUCAAGCGUACGGAAACGAAAAGGAGAUUGGUGGGGUUUUGAAGAAGCUGUUUGAAGAUGGUGUAGUCAAACGUGAGGAGUUGUUUAUCACCUCCAAACUCUGGUGUAGUAAUCAUGCACCCGAAGAUGUGCCGGCAGCAUUAGACCGGACUUUGCUGGAUCUUCAACUUGAUUACGUUGAUUUAUACCUUAUUCAUUGGCCCGUUCGGAUGAAGAAAGGGUCGGUUGGUUUUAAGCAUGAAAACCUUAUUCAGCCAGACAUACCUAGUACAUGGCAAGCAAUGGAAGUGCUUUAUGACUCUGGUAAAGCUAGGGCUCUUGGCGUUAGUAAUUUCUCUUCAAAGAAAUUGGGAGAUUUGCUGGAGGUAGCGCGUGUUCCUCCAGCUGUCAACCAGGUUGAGUGUCAUCCUUCGUGGCAGCAGACUAAGCUACAUGAAUUUUGCAGAUCCAAGGGAAUUCACUUAUCGGGAUAUUCGCCUCUGGGUUCUCCUGGCACAACAUGGCUCAAGAGUGAUGUUCUUAAGCAUCCAAUUCUAAAUAUGAUUGCAACGAAAUUAGGCAAAAGUCCUGCACAAGUUGUCAUUCGCUGGGGUCUGCAAAUGGGUCAUAGUGUGCUUCCUAAGAGCACACAUGAGAAGUGGAUCAAGGAGAACUUUGAUGUCUUUGACUGGUCUAUUCCUGAGGACUUAUUUGCAAAGUUUUCUGAAAUUGAACAGGCACGAUUGCUCAGGGGAACUUCAUUUGUUCAUGAGACUUUCGGCCCAUACAAAACUGUUGAAGAACUUUGGGAUGGUGAGAUUUGAGCGAUUGAAUUCUGGAUCAAAGAAGAAGCCCUUUGGGGUGGGGGGAGAACAAAGAGGGAGGUUUCUGGUACUUCUUUCGAUACAGAUUGUGUCUAUCAGUUCAGCAACUAAAGAAUAUUUGUGCUACACAACUAUAAUAAACCGUUAUUGAUUUUCAUCUCGGUUUCAUUUAAUUUUCUGGAAUUUGGAUUAAUUGGCCAUGAAUAACCUUGAAAUUUGAAGGUUGACAUGCAUGUUUGUGGCACACAGACUACCCAAACAAUUUGCAGUUUUCGUGCUUCUUAUAUCUCAUUUUAUUUUGGAAUGAAUGACUGAGAUUGGCCAUGCCAAGAGAAGCAUCUUUUCCCUUUGAAGGUGGGAACGACUCCACCGUUGCAAUUCAAAUGGAUUGCUUCGGUAGAAUUGGACAAAAAACGCCCAAACGCCGGCCUUAGAAAAUAUCAGGAUGAAAAUGUAAAAAAGUUUUGGUUGACGACAAGGUUAAUAGUCCAGUACAGUGAUUGGCCGAAUAUGAAUAUGACACAGCUGAAUUAGGAUCCCAUGAUGGAACUUCAUCGGAUGACAGAUAUGAUUAAUCUAAUUUACCAUGAAUGUGUUGAAAAGAAAUGGUCUUUCUUUGGAGUUUGGUGUCACUUUUUUUCCACGACAGAUUGACAGAUUUUCAUUCGUAGCCUGUCUAUUAAGAAGAUAGAUGACCCUAAUUAUCUUAUUGCUCAUAAAGGACCUAAAUAUUAUUACUAGUAUCAUAUUUCAUGCCUUGAUGAUUACUUUGCUUUUCUAACUAAGGGUUUGCUGAGAAUCACUGACUCCUUUCUUCUCCCUUAGUGUUUUCUUGAUCUUUCUUUUUUGGAAAGAUCAUCGUCCAUCUACAAAUUUUUCUCUCUAGAUUUAUCUUAUUUGUUAAAAUUAAUUUUGAACUAAUUUGACUAAAACUAGUCAAAGUGAUAAAAGUUUUUACACUUUUUACAAGUAAGGUUAACGUAUACCAAGUUUAUUAAAAAAAUUAAAAAAACUCUUUUGGCUUAAUGGUAAAGAU